AUCAGACAAGGAAGUGUACGCGCUUCUCCAGGGCGCAAGAGCACCACACACGCUAUCCCAGGAACGAUGCCGGGUGCCGAGGGCUUGCUUCUUUUCAAAACCGCACCUCGGACUGGCCAUCCUUCAAGUAACAUGUUCUCUGUUCAUUGCAAGCCCCCAUCUACGUCCGCCUUUUAGAGCUGCCACCUCGGUGCGCCGUUGUUCCCAUUUCCACUUGUCCUACCAGCUGCCCGAGAGCUUGCCCGAGGUCAGGUCUCGCGGUCUAUGACCCGUCCCUUAGCUUGUCCGCCAUGGAGAAUCCGAAUCUGAACGACCUGCCGUACGUGCCGCUGGUGCCGUACAAUGGCACCGGCGCAACGGGAGGUGAUUCCCUGCUCGUAAACCUCAACAUCUGGUACCAGUCAGGGGACGUCGCAUUCAUGAUCCUCUCCACUGCCCUCGUGCUCAUGAUGGUUCCCGGUGUAGGAUUCUUCUACUCCGGCCUCGCCCGCCGCAAGUCGGCCCUUUCGCUGCUGACCCUCUCCCUACUCUCCGCCGCCGUGACCUCCUUCCAAUGGUUCUUCUGGGGCUUCAGCCUUGCCUUCUCGCGAAACGCGCCCUCGCACUUCCUCGGCGACCUGUCGCACUUCGCCUUCCGCGAGCUGCUCGCCGCGCCCUCCAUCGCCUCCGACCACAUCCCCGACCUGCUCUUCGCCGUCUACCAGGGCAUGUUCGCCUGCGUCACCGUCGCCCUCGCCACCGGCGCCGCCGCCGAGCGCGGCCGCGUCCUGCCCUGCGUGGUCUUCAUGUUCGUCUGGGCCACCCUCGUCUACGACCCCAUCGCCUGCUGGACCUGGAACCCCAACGGCUGGAUCGACCGCAUGGGCGGCCUGGACUUCGCCGGCGGCACCCCCGUGCAUAUCGCCUCCGGCACCGCCGCCCUGGCCUACUCCAUGGUACUGGGCAAGCGCCGCGGGCAUGGCACCCAGGAGCUGAACUACCGCCCGCAUAACGUGAGCCACAUCGUCGUCGGCACCGUGUUGCUGUGGGUCGGGUGGUUCGGCUUCAACGCCGGCUCCGCCCUGGCGGCCAACAUGCGCUCCAUCAUGGCCGCCGUCGUGACCAACCUGGCGGCGUGCGUCGGCGGCGUGACGUGGUGCUUGCUGGAUUACCGCCUCGAGAGGAAGUGGUCCGCCGUCGGCUUCUGCUCGGGCGUCGUCGCGGGGCUGGUGGCUAUCACCCCGGGGUCAGGCUUCGUCCCGGCCUGGGCGGCCGUGCCGACGGGCUUCCUGGGCGCGGCGCUGGCCAACUACGGCACCAAGUUCAAGUUCGCGCUGGGCAUCGACGACGCGCUCGACAUCUUCGCCGUGCACGCGGUCGGCGGGCUGGUCGGCAACGCGUGCACCGGCCUCUUCGCCGCCGACUACGUGGCCCGGCUGGACGGCGCCACCGCCAUCCGCGGCGGCUGGCUCAACCGCAACUGGGUGCAGCUGCCCGUGCAGCUGGCCGGAUCGGUCGCCGGCGGGUGCUACUCGUUCGCGCUGACCUGCCUGAUCCUGUUCCUCAUCAACCUGGUCCCGGGCCUGCGGCUGCGCGUGCCAGAGCGCGCCGAGGUCGGCGGCGUCGACGACGCCGAGAUCGGCGAGUUCGCGUACGACUACGUCGAGCUGGCGCGCGAGGCCGCCACUGCCGCCGCAGUCGCCGACGUGGCUGAGGCCGCGAGCGUGUUCUCGGCCGAGAACCACUCGCACCGGCCUAUGCUGGCGGCGGCGAGGGACAAGGGGCUAUCGGAGGGGGAGUAUAGGACAUAUGGCAUGGGACUGGGAGAGCGGUAGCGGGUGGAUGGCCAGAGACUGGUUCUCGUCUUUCUUUGCGUGCAUUUCAGCCUCUUCUUCUUGACUUUGUUUUUUGAGGUGUUUGUACAACAUAGGGCGAGGAAUUUCUGGGAGGAUACGGGCGGCUCUUGAUUGGGAGGGAUGACUUGUGUUUUUGCUCCGGGAACUACGGGGCAAUGGGGAUCAUAAUGCACUGUGAUGGGAUUCGCAUGGGAUCAGCAACAUAUAACGGG